CUGCCUGUGAAAGUCCUGCUCUCAGGGGCAGGAGGCGCAGAAGAGGGAAGCAGGUGAAAUGUGGCCCGACAGGUCUGAUGGCAGUGCAGAGAGACGUAGUCAGUGCAGAGAGGAUUGCUGAGUGACUGACAAGCCUGUCGGUCAGGUGGCUUUAGGAGCAGUCUGGCUGGAAUUAGGACAAUGACAUUGUUGUGUUUGUGCUGCUGAGAGCAGAGCUGGUUUGCACCUGUUCAUUUCACUGACUGAGGGGGAACCUCGCAGCCCUGAGGAUACCCACUGCAGACGCAGCAGCAGAAGCAGACUUAGAGUGGAAUUUCCCUCCUGUUCCCAGGCUGGGGCCGGGGGCGAAUGGUCGCUCUGAGAAUCUGAGCAGAACUCAGGAAGGAGAGUGAGAGGAAGGGUGGGAGGACAGCCAGAGAGGGAGAGGAAGAGAAGCCAGGAGUGGACAUUAGAGGAGACAUGCUUCGCUACGGUUCAAGACCAACUGUUUCCACCACCACCACAACAACAGAGGAUUCUCCAGAGUCUUUAAGAGAGAGGAGAAUCAGACGCCUGAGGCUGACUCUGUAUCCCGGAGAAAAUGGAAACAAGGAGCCAAAAACUGAAAAGUCAGCCACUACUGAGAAUGCUAAAGAUGUCAAUGGGAUGUGGAAGAGGAAGAACGGGCUCAUCCAAAGAGAGAGUCCACCUGGCCAGGAGUCACCUCAGCAGCACCUCGGAGACAUGACCAAUGGGGUGCCAGAGACCUCGCUACGGCAUCAUGGGCCCAAAGUGUACGGUGUAGUGCAGAGGACAGGCUCGGAUAGACAGGAGGUGAUGGCACGCGAGUGGACAACCAGUCACCUACAGGAUGAGAUGAGAUACAUCAGGGAGGUGAGAGAUUCUCUUGAAAAGGUUAGAGAGCGGAUGUAUGGACAGUUUGGAGGAAUGCAGCAAUCAAUGCAGAAGCUUUCGCAGGAACUCAGGGCUGCCAAUGCACACAAGAGGAGUCUAGAGUCAGAGGUUAAGAUCCGCACGGCAGCCAUGGACAGCUUUGAUCAGAUGAACAGUUCCCUCAUAUCUGCUAACCUCACUUUGCAGAAAUCCCUUCUGGACGACUGUCAGAAGAGAGUGAGCUCGAGAGACGAUGUGAAGAGUUUGCAGAGCACCUAUGAGAAAACACAACAACAGCUCAGAGACAAGGAGCGCGAGCUGGCUGCAGUACAGGCUGAAAACCAAACUCUCAGGCUUCAGGUGGAGUCUUCACGGGAGGCCAACGAUAAGGCGCUAAAGGAGCUCUCGGAAAAGCUAGAGAAGGAGUACGAGGAAAAGCUGCUGGAAGAACAACGCAGGCACAGGGAGGAGAUUGAAAACCUACAGGCCCAACUCGAUGAGUACAUCAGACGACUGGAGGAAGCGGAGAGAAACAUCAAAAUCGCAGAAGCCAAGAUUGCAGAGAGGGACCAGAGGAUCAUGGAAGUGGAGCGUCUCCUGGACUGCAUGGGAAAGGAGAAGAGCCAACUGGAAAAGCAGCUGAAGGACUGCGAACAGCGCCUACGCCAGAUCGAGCUGACGGACAGAACUGACGAAACUGUAGCCAAAAGGUCCAAAGAGCUGCAAGGUGAAGCAGGUGAUCUCCGCGAGAGGAUCAAACACUUGAACGACAUGGUGUUCUGUCAACAGAGGAAGGUCAAAGGAAUGAUUGAGGAGGUCGAAUCUCUGCGAGCUCAAGUCGCUCAGAAGGACAUGUUCAUCUCUGAGCUUCUGGACAGAAUUGCAAUAGUGGAGUGCGAGAAUAAGACGCGAGAGGUUUUGGAAACCAGAGAGAUAGGAGUAGGCUGCGAUCUGCUCCCCAGACAUGAAGCACAGAGGUUUGAUGUUGAGCCUGUUCAGUGUGAACCAACUCAUCUCUAUCCCAUCCAACCCCCAUCACCUGAUCAUCCUCUAUCACCUGUGAAACUCCCAUCACCCACUGAACUACUGUCACCCACACAGCCUUUAUCACCCACUCAUCCUCUAUCACUUAGACCAAACCCUUCCUCCAUAGCGCCCUCAUCCCUGGCACAACCCUCAUCAUCACCUCCCAUUCAACAUCCAUCGCUCUCCCUAACACUGCCCACUCAGCCAAGGACGUUUAAGCUUAAUAACCCUCCCCCCAGCAGGCUAGAGUCAAGUUUACUAAGGUACACUCCUGUCCAGUACAGCCGCUUCCUGGAUUCCAACCCCACACAGGAGCGUGGGACAUUCUCCUACAUCCACCCAUCUGAGUCUGAAGCUGGUGUCAGUCCGGUCCAGCCUGGAGGAGACGAGCUGGACGCACAAACAAGCAGAGGCACAUGCUCCAUACCAGAGGAGUCCACUUCAUCCCCACCUUCUUCUCGACCACGAUCAGGAGUGCGAGUUUAUACACCGUUCAUGAAACUAAUGGAAAUGACAGCAAAGAUAAACAUAGAGUAAAGUUAAAGGAGCAGUCCUGGAAAAUACAUGAGCCCAGACUUAAUCAAGGAGAGUCAAUGAAACUAUGAAGCCAUUUAGCUUAGUAUAAUUACUGAAAACAGGGUAAACAAGUAACGCACAAACUUCUUUUUAUAAGCAAUAAAAACAGCCUGAAAACGGGAAAUUAGAGUAAAAACAACAUUUUAUCAAACUGGGAGAGGAAAAAAACCUGGAAAUGAAUAGAAACUCAUGGAAGUCAUUGUCCCCAGUUACGAACUAGUUUGAUCCAGAUUCCCUGUCAGAUGGUGGCUUCGUUUCCAUGUGGAUGACAACACGAGUUAACAGUUUAAUUACUUUUCUUUAAACUUGUUGACAGAUGGAUUUUAUUUUCUCUUUCCUCUAUUUUUUUGUAUCAGUGCUAAGUACAGAGCUAAUCUGUAUAUCAACAGUAAAUAUGUAGCUAAAGCUAAAUAAUAGUAUCCUCUAACUCAGUCUAUGUGUGCUGAGAAAGAGACAAGCGUAUUAAAAAACUGGUUGGAGUAGUGCAGUAGUAACAUCUUUUAUUAUUCUCUUACUUGACCUUAACGUUUGCAUACUAUACUACCAUAAAAUUUUUGACAGCAAAUUGUAAAAAAUAACAGUCUUAAAAACAAAUUUUGAUAAUGUAAUAUGAUAACAUUACUCUGUGUUGGUAUAACAUAGAGUAACAUUAACUUUAGGAUUAAAAGUGAAAACGCAGUGACGUAAAGUCAGGUAAGCCAUUAAAACAUCAGCUAGUGUGCUUCAAGAAUACCACUGACUCACUAUGCAAGAAAUAAUAGUAUGUAAAUAAACUACGUGGACAGAACUACCAACCUAGCUGCACAUUACUCACGUUUUGAUAUCCCCGUGUUGAUGAUGUCCCUAUAUCAUCAUAAUAAUGGUGAUCCAGCAUCAACAUUACACCUGACCAAUGACAAAGGAGCAUUUAGUUAGCCGAGCAUUAGCUUAGAAUUUGGCUAAUGCCUAGCUAAUGCUUGUUAAUGCCAGUUAGCUAACAGCCAACCUAACUUGAUAAUGUAUUUAUUACAUUGCAUAACUUUAUAAAGAAAAUAUUUAAUAAAACACAAAGUGAUUGGUCAGUUGCAAUGUUGAUCCUGGACCAACAUUAUUAUGAUAAUGCAGGGACAACAGGAACACUGGGAUAACAGACACAACACACAGCACACCUACAGGAGCUGCUCUGCCAUGUAAACCCAUGCAACAGUAGCAUUAAAGUGUGCUCUUUGGAACAACCAAUUCUUUGUACAUGCAGACUGCCUGGCCAGGUAUUUGACUUUAUACACCUGAAUUCAAGUAUUAAUAAGAAUGGCCCAAUAUUUAUGUCCAUGUAGUGAAUAUAAGAGGGUUACUUAUGCAAUCAGAGCCGUUAAUCUUAACUAGACCAAAGUGUGGAAUUUUCCCCUUAAACUUCGAUUGUCUUUGGUCUAAUUUUCACAAAUAUCCCUUUAAAAAUGUACUAACACAAGAAUCUGUUUUACAUAAUUUUAAAGCUGGCACAUCCAUGUCAGUAAUAUCUCACUUAUUUAUGUCGGAGAUAAUGAUUUUUGGCCAGUGAAGCAAAAAAGUCUUAUGUGGGUUUCUGUCCCAUGUUUGCACAUAGCUCUAAUAAUAACAAAAGUAGCUUGCUGUAGGAUGUAAAUGAUGUGAUGCUAUGUAAAAAAUAUUUUUCUAACUGAUAUAAUAUGGAAUAUAUUUCUUCCGUUUACAGUGAAUCUGUUCUAUUCAUGUUGCUCACUGAGCUAUGAGCAUUCAGUCCUAUAUGAAGGUCGAUAUGGUUAUUGUGUGUAUUUUCCUAUCAUUUUAUAUGUGCUCUGUACAAAUUAAACAUAUGAUAUUUUGUUACUGUUGAUAAUAUAAUAUUUAUUAUUAUGGUUUGUGCCUUUGUGACAACCUACUCUGUGGUCCUGGUGGUGGAAGGAAAGCUAUUUUAAUUGGAAGCAGGGUAAUAUGGCAAAAUAGGACGUGGCAAAUUCUUGAGAAAUCUGUUAUUAACGAUAUUAACUUUAA